AUGGGGCACAUCGAGUACGUUUUUAUGUCUUCUGCUCUGUCACUUUCACACCACACCCAGCAGCCAAUGGAGAAGCACGAUCUUGUGAUAUCAUGGAUACCUUUAAAUGCUGGAGGAGUCAGAGAGACUGUGACUUUUAGUGUUGGUUGUGUAAAAAUUAAAGCUGUGUUUCUUGGUAAAGCAGAGGAUCCACCCAAAAAAAAGAGGAGCCUGUGGGAUACAAUUAAAAGAAAUAAGAGUUCGGAAGGUCCUGUGAAGUCUAAAAAAAGUACAUUAAUGAAUACGAUUGCCAGCAAAACUACCAUUUCACAGAUUGAUACUGUGAAAACUGGAGGACAUCGGAAUCCUCUUCAAUCACGUGAAAAUCUCUCUCUGGCUGAAGACAGGGUUUCUCCUCUUUUUCAUCCUAUCCAUGUUUUAGAUAAUAAAGGUCAUGAGGUAAAACCUUUAUCCCCAAUAUCAACUGUAAGUCCAGUAAAACAAGAAUUUGAGAAUUGUGCUCCACAGUCUUUUAAAAGGUCUGUGACAUACUCUGUCCUUAAAACUGAUGAUGACAUGUCAUUGCCAGUGGAAGGGGAACCAAAUAGUGACGGAAGAUAUAAUGUGCAGUGCUCUGCUGAAACAUUUAUAAAUGAGCCAAACUUGGUGCAUUCAUUCAAAAUAUCACAACAAAUUUUGGACAGUCAAACAUAUUGUUUUCCUCAUUUGUCAGGUCCUCUUACUCCUUUUUCUCAGCGUCGCAUUUUAAGCCCUGAUUCUUUUGUAAAGGGUAGUUAUUUUCCCGAAGGAGACUCUGAACCAAGGAUAGUGGCUAAAAUCCUAUCACCAGAUCAGUUUCUGAAGGAAUCGUUGGCAGUUGUGAACGUAUCUUCUCUACAUUCAAGCCAGGAAGAAGCUAGGUCAUUGCCUGCACAAUCUUCUCUCAAUCCAUCAGAUUUUCAAAGUGAAUUAAUACAGGAAAGAAAUGAUGAAUCUAUUAGUCCAGUGCACAGUGAUUUUCCUGUUAUAAAUGUGAGAGAGCUGGAACCAGUAAAAUCAAGGUUAACAUAUUUUGUGAAGCCCAAAUGCGCUAGUCGAAGUUCUCAAGCAUUGAAGCAACCAGUUGUGGAGCAUGCUGACCAAGUGAAGAUGCUCCAUGGUUCUCCUGCAGACAUCAAAAUAACAUUAUCUUCGGAAGCAUCUGAUUGUGAAUCGGAAGGAAAAGUGAAACAUUCAAGAAGACAACUUGAAGUCCCAUUUAUUUUAAACUCAGCAAUCAGUACUUUCAGCAGCUUACCUGUUAUAGAAGCUCCGACUGAGAAUAAAACCACUGAUAAUAAGUUGCCUUAUGCCAACAGGAAGAGAAAAAGUUCAGAAUUCUUGCAUGAUAGUGCAAAUGAAGAAAUUGUUUGUCCAAAUAAAAGGACAUCUCAAGUAGAUCAGGUUAGAAGGUCAACCUUUGUGGAGAAAACUACAUCAAGGAAUUUGAAAGGAAAAGGAAAAUCCAAAGGAAGAAAAGCAGUUUCUAAAUGCUUAAAAUCAUCGAUUGCUGCUCAAGGGAAAACUGGAAAGCUUAUGCCUGGAGUUGCCCAAUCAAAAUUGACUUUUGUGAAAUUGACUAAUUCAGUUAUUCCUAGGCACCCUAUGCCCUUUGCUGCAAAAAACAUGUUUUUUGAUGAGCGCUGGAAAGAAAAGCAGGAAAGGGGCUUCACAUGGUGGCUGAAUUUCAUUCUUACUCCUGAUGAUUUUACAGUCAGCACAGAAACCUCCAGAGUGAACGCUGCAGCAGUCUUCUUGGGAUCUGAGUCACAUUCCCACAAAAUGAGUGUUCCUGCAGCACCAACCAAGGAAGAAAUGUCACUCAGGUCAUAUACUGCGAAACGCAGGCUCAAUCGUCUCCGUCGGUCAGCCUGUCGACUAUUUACAUCUGAAGGGAUGGUUAAAGUUAUACAGAAACUGGAAGGAGCAAUUGCAGUUAAACAUCUGCUUGUACGUAAAGACAGACAUCUCUGGAAAGACUAUGGAGAACGAAUGAAGGUACUUAAAUGGCUCUUGUCGUAUAAUACUCUAUGGCUACGAAUAGGACUUGAGACUAUUUAUGGUGAACUGAUUCCCUUGGAAAACAACAGUGAUGUGAUUGGGCUGGGCAGAUUUAUUUUAAAUCGCCUGCUUUGGAAUUCUGAUGUAGUUGCCGAGUAUAGACAUCCAACAGUGCCUCAUCUAUAUCGGAAUGAGCACAAAGAAGUUUUGGCACAGUUCACACUAAAAAAGUUUCUGCUUCUUGUUUGGUUUCUUGACUGUGCAAAACAGUCCAGAUUGAUUGAUCAUGAUCCAUGUCUUUUCUGCAAAGAUGCAGAAUUUAAGUCAAGCAAAGAUCUGUUGCUUGCCUUCUCUAGAGACUUCCUCAGUGGUGAAGGAGACCUUUGUCGACAUCUUAGUUACAUGGGAUUGACUGUUAGUCAUUUUCAGACGCCUCUCCAUGAAUUUAAUUUUGCUAUAACUAAUUUGGCUGUAGAUCUUCGAUGUGGUGUUCGUAUUGUACGAGCAGUAGAACUUUUGACACAAGACUGGACGUUUUCGAAGCACUUAAGGGUCCCGACAAUUAGUCGUCUACAAAAGCUGCACAAUGUGGAAAUUGCAUUGAAAGCCCUUAGGCUGCGAGGAAUUGAUCUGAAAGCUGAUGAUGACCAUGUAAUUGACUCGAGAGAUGUUGUCGAUGGGCACAGAGAAAGAACGCUGGCACUACUGUGGCGAAUCAUCUUUGCCUUUCAGGUCGAGAUUUUGUUAAACGUGGACCACUUAAAUGAAGAGAUUAAAUUCCUAAAAACAACUUUGCGCAACCAGCAAAAACUCACAGCUCUGCAGUCAAUGUCUGUUCCACCUGGUCCUGUAAAAGAUCACAGCCCAGUUGUGGCAUCUAAAGAUUAUCGCCUCCAGGUCAAAUUGCUGAUGGACUGGGUUAACGCUGUUUGUGCAUAUCACGGUGUCAAAGUUGAGAACUUCACAGUACCCUUUUCCGAUGGUCGAGUGUUAUGCUACCUCGUCCACCAUUAUCACCCUGGUCUUUUGGCUGCUGAUGCCAUUUGCCAGCGAACUACACAGACAGUAGAAUUCGCCCAACGUGGUUCAGUCGCAAUUGAUACAUUGUCUAGUGACUCAGAUGAAAGUUCAAUUGAUAUCUCAUCAACCACAGCUGAUCUUCCAUUGUCAUCAUCUGCACUCUAUCAAGAACUCUUGGAAAAUGAAAAGAAGAACUUCCACUUAGUAACGACUGCAGUUGUGGAGCUUGGAGGUGUCCCAGCUAUGAUUCGUCACCUAGAUAUGUCCAAUACCAUACCAGAUGAAAAGGUUGUUAUUGCCUACCUUUCAUUUCUUUGUGCACGUCUUCUUGAUCUUCGGAAAGAAACGAGAGCUGCCAGACUAAUACAGGCUGCCUGGAGGAAGUACAAAGUAAGCCGUGAGCUUCAGAUUUUACAGGUGAGAAACCAGGCUGCCUGUGUUAUUCAAGCAGCCGUGUGCCGAUUCCUCUACCGACAGCAUUUCAAGAAGAAAACCAAUGCAACUAUUAUUAUCCAAGCCCAUUGGCAAGGUUAUGUGGCAAGGAGGAAAGCCAAACAACUGCGGAUGACGAAGGUGCAAGCAGUGCAAAAUGCAGCAGCAACAGUUAUUCAGACUCAUUGGCGAGGAUACAGUAGUAGAAGACAGUAUCAAAAUUUACUACACUGCUGCAUUCUUAUGCAAAAACACAUAAGGAGGAAGAUUGCAGUUACGUCUUACAGGCAAAUGUUACGGGCAACUGUUGGUCUUCAGAGGUGUUUCAGAGCACAUUUGCUAGGGUCAUCACAGAGAAGAGAGUAUUUGAAAUUAAAAUUGUCAGCUAUCGUAAUACAGGCUGCAUUUAGAAAGUGGAGUGCUUGCAAACUGGAAGCAACAAUCAAAGCUUCUAUAAUUCUGCAGAAAUAUAUAAGGGGUUUCCUCUGUAGGAAACAAUAUAAAAAGUAUCAGAAGUCCAUAACUUUGAUUCAAGCAUUUGCUAGAGGAUUUCUAGUGAGAGCUAAAAUGAGCAGUAGAAAAAAUGCUGCCAUUAUAAUACAGAAAUACAUGAAUGCAUACUUAGCAGGGAAACAAGACUAUGUUUCUUAUCACAGACUUAAAUGGGCAGCAAUUGUAUUUCAAGCUGCUUACCGUGGCUUAAAGGUGAGAAAUACAUAUCGCCAAAUCAAGUCGGCUAUAGUAAUCCAGUCUUUGUUUAGAAUGCACCUGCAGAGAAAGAAGUUUGUUGCCAUUCAGAAAGCAGCAGUCACUGUACAGUCUUCAGUGAGAAUGAAAUUGGUUCGAAUCUGGUUCCUUAAGUACCGACAAGCUGCCAUCACUGUACAACGGCAUUAUAGAACCAAAGAGCAGGGGAGGAAAGAAAGACGGCGUUAUGUACAGCUUCGGCAGGCAACAAUAACCAUACAAGCAGCUUUUAAUAGAUGGCAAACCCAAAAGUGGAUUAGGAAAAACCAAUCUGUGAUUGCCAUACAAUCUUGGUAUCGAAUGUGCAGAGAAAAACGAAGCUAUUUGCAUCAAAGAAGAAGCUGCAUUAGAGUCCAGUCUUGGUAUAGGUGCUGCAGAGCUAAACAAACAUUUCUCAUUGUGAAAAGGUCAGCACUGUUCAUUCAGGAAUAUUACAGAGCUUACCACCGAGGUAAAGCACAAGUAGAAAAGUAUCAAUCAAUUCGUCAAGGUACAAUAACUAUUCAAGCUUACUUUCGAGGUAUGAAGGCUCGUCGAUUAGUCAGGAAAGUGAAAGCUGCUUAUAUCAUCCAAUCAUACUGGCAAACAAGAAAAGAAAGACUUGUGUAUUUGCAUCGUAGGCAAUGUGUCAUUAUGCUACAAGCUCAUGUCAGAAGGUGGCAAGCUCAACUACAGUACAAAACAAUGAGGACUGCAGUUUGUAUAUUGCAAGCGCAUGUCAAGGCCCUUUUAAAACAGCGAAAGGCUCAAUCAGAAUACAAAGCGAUGCGUUUUGCAGCUAUUGUGUUACAGUCUAAUUACAGAGGAAGACUAGCACGAAGACAACUUUCCCUAUUAAGGUCAGUUGUAAAAAUCCAAUCUGCUUAUCGUGCAUAUGUUGUGCGAAGAAGAUUUAGUCAAAUUAAAAAAGCUGCCAUAAUAAUUCAGGCUUAUGUGAAAAUGAUCCAGGUACAAAAACGCUACAGGUCCCUUAAAAACGCAGUAGUCUAUCUCCAGAGGUGUUACCGUGCCAACAAAUUGUGCUCACAAAAACACAAGGAAUAUAUAAGAAAAAAGGAAGCUUGCAUUUGUCUUCAGUCUGCUGUCAGACAGUAUCUAAUAAAAAAGCAGAUGCGUUUGUGGAGACAAGCUGCAAUUAGAAUUCAGUCUAAAUUCAGAAUGCAUCGACAAAGGCGUCAAUAUCUCAGAAUCUAUUGUGCUGCAGUUAUAAUUCAAAGAGGAUACCUCGCAUACAGCCAAGGGUUUUGUCAAAGGCAGAAAUUCCUCAGAAUCAGAGAGGCAGCAAUAUGUUUACAGGCAGCUUAUAAAGGGUACAUGGUACGCAAAAUUAUUAAGUUGCACUGUAAAGCUGCCAUCACUCUCCAGGCAGCUUUCAGACGACGUGCUUUAAGGAUUAAAUACCAAGCUAUGCAAAAUGCAAGCAUUGCAAUUCAAAGAUGGUACAGGACCUGCAAAGUUGGACAACAGCAACGAGCUGAAUAUCGUAAAAUUAGAUCUGGAACCAUUCUUCUUCAGGCAUUAUAUCGUGGGUUUUCUACAAGAAAAAAGAUAAAAGUGCAACAUGAGGCAGCAAAAACUAUUCAAACUGCUUUCCGUAGGUUCCGAGCGCAAAAGCAGUUUGCAAUGUUGAAGGAUGCAGUGCUAACUAUUCAACAAUAUUUUAAAGCAAAAUUAGCAGGGGACAAGCAGCGUCAAGUAUAUCUGAGAUUGUGCCAGUCAGCAGCGGUUCUUCAGGCAGCUUAUAAAGGAAUGCUUGUAAGGAAGGAAAUUAAAAGAAAGCGACAGGCUAGUAUUGUUAUACAGUCCUAUUUUAGAAUGCACCAAAUGUGCACAAAAUUUAAGUCGUUGAAAUCGGCAACACUAGUAAUACAGGACCGAUUCAGAGCUUACUUACAAGGGAAACGGCAACGUCAGAGGUACCAGAAAAUGAAGAAUGCUGCUGUACUUUUGCAAGCUGCCUUUCAUGCAAUGAAAGCCAGAAAAAAAAUGAAAGAAGUUCAAAAAGCAGCUUCUAUUAUCCAGACAGCAUUUAGAUCUUACAAUACUAGAAAACGAUACCUGUCUCUCCAAGCAGCUUCUACUUUACUGCAAAGGAAAUUCCGAGCUUUGCUGCUGGCUAAGCAGCAAAGAAAACACUAUCUUUGCAUACAGGGUGCAGUUUUGACUAUACAGUCUGCAUACAGAGGCAUGAAAACAAGACAAGAGAUUCUGCAUAUGCACUGGGCAGCCACUGUAAUACAGUCUACAUUUAGAAUGCACAAGGUAUACAUUCCGUAUCAGGCAACAAGACUGGCAGCGAUUAUAAUACAGGUCCACUACCGAGCUCAUGUUGAAAGUAAAGCUGAGCGUGAAAAUUAUCUGAAGAUACGCCAUAGUGUUGUGGUUCUUCAGGCUGCGCUCCGAGGAAUGAAUGUUCGAAAACAUUUGAGUUGUAUGCACAAGUCUGCAACUGUAAUACAGGCUUCCUAUCGUAUGCAUCGGCAGCGCUACUGGUACAAGAGGCUAUAUUGGGCAGCAGUAGUGAUACAGCAACAAUACCGAGCUUGUAAAAUAAGAGAUGCCUGUGUCCAGCAAUAUACCAACGUGAGGAAUGCAGUCAUUUGCAUUCAGACUGCUUUCCACAGUAUGAAAACUAGACAAGAGAUUCAGAGACUCGAACAAGCCAUAAUAGUUAUUCAGGGAAGGUUCAGAGCUUACAACGAGCGAAAAAAGUAUCUUGCUCUUAAAGAUGCUGCUACUACAAUUCAGCAACAAUAUCGUGGGCUCCUGCUUGCUAGAAUACAGCGCCAACAGUACCUUUCUGUACGGAACGCAGCUAUCUGUUUUCAGGCUACUUACAGAGGCAAGAGAAUGAGACAAGCGGUUCGGAGCAUGCACUUGGCAGCCAUUGUAAUACAGUCUACAUUUAGAAUGCACCAGGUAUAUGUUUCGUAUCAGGCAACAAGGCUGGCAGCGAUUAUAAUACAGGUCCGUUACCGAGCUCACGUUGAAGGGAAAACUGAACGUGAAAAUUAUCUGAAGAUACGCCAUAGUGUUGUGGUUCUUCAGGCUGCGCUCCGAGGAAUGAAUGUUCGAAAACAUUUGAGUUGUAUGCACAAGCCUGCAAUUUUAAUACAGAGUUUCUAUCGGAUGCACAGACAGCUCUAUUUGUACAAGAGGCUUUGUUGGGCAGCAGUAGUGAUACAACAGAGAUAUAGAGCUUGUAAAGUCAGAGAUAUUCAGGUGCAACAAUAUGGUAGGAUGAAAAAGGCCAUAGUUCAUAUUCAAGCUUUAUACCGUGGGAAAAAAGCUCGAAGAUUGGCUCAAAGAAUUAAGUCUGCUCAUCUGAUUCAGUCAUUCUUGCAAAUGUGUGUAGCAAGAAAACUAUUUCUGCAUCAAAAGUCAUCUGCAAUAAUACUUCAGGCUACAUUCCGUGGCUACCGGGCAAGAGUGCACUAUAGAACUGUGCGAAAUGCUGCAGUUUCUAUCCAGCACUGGUACAGAGCCUGCAAAAUGGGACAAUCGCAACUUAUAGAAUUUCAGGCCAUGAAACGUGCGGCGAUUAGUAUUCAGGCUGUCUACAAGGGUGUGAUAGCUCGGAGAUGGUACAAACAGAAACGUGCUGCUGUUAAGAUUCAGUCAGUUCUUUGUAUGAUGAUGCAUCGGAAGAGAUUUCUCCAAAUAAAAUCUGCAGCGAUUUCAAUCCAAUCUCAAUAUCAUGCCUACAAAGCUAGAAAACUAUACAAGAGUUACAAAGGCGCAGCUGUGAUAUUGCAGAGACAUUUUAAGUCCCACCUGAUGAGGAAAGAACAGAGGUUAGCUUACCUGACAAUGCAACAGAAAAUUAUUUUUCUUCAAUCUGCAAUACGAGGAUUUAUUGUCCGAAGAAAUUAUGAAAAACUUCAAAAAAGCACAAAAAAAAUUCAGGCUUGUUAUCGUAAAGCUAAAGACAGAAAAAGGUUUCUCCUUUACAAGAAAGCUGCAUCUGUGAUCCAGCAGAAUUUCAGGGCUCAUUGUCAAAGAAAUGUUGAACAACAAAAAUAUCUUCAAAUGAAGCAUGCUACUGUUGUAAUCCAGGCUUUAUUCCGUGGUCAUCAAGCAAGACAACUAGUUAAUAAAAUGCAAGCUGCACGAAAAAUCCAGGCUUGGUUCAGGGCUUCUGUUGUACGUAAGCGAUACAAGGCUAUGCUUAAGUCAGUUGCAUUCAUCCAUGGGCAAUUCAGAAUAAAACAAGAAAGAUCCCGUUUCCUAAAGGUGCGGACUGCAACAAUAACUAUUCAGCAGGGAUGGAGAAGGACAAUUGAAGCAAGAAGACUGCAGUAUGAAUACCAACGAAAAAGAACUGCAGCAGUUAAAAUCCAGGCCUUUUGGAGAGGAUUCAAAACAAGGAAACAGAUAAUCCAGAUGCAAAAAGCUGCUUGUCAAAUUCAGCAUGAAUAUCGAGGGUAUAAGGAAAGAAAGAAGUUCCUGGGGCAGAAAUUAGCUGUUCUAGCAAUACAGAGACUCUUCCGGGCAUGGCAGCUUGAAAAAAAUGAAAAACUGAAACAUGAGAAGAGGACAAGGGCUGCAGUCAUCUUGCAGGCUGUAUGGCGUGGAUUGCGAGUACGAAAGGAGGUUGCAGAACAACAAUUUGCUGCAAAAAGACGUUGUUUUACCGCUGCUGUCUACCACCACCUUUGUGCAGUUAAGAUACAAAGAACAUACCGAUCUUAUGUGGCUCUUAAGUUUGCAAAAGAGAAGAUCAAAUCGGUCAUCUGUAUCCAGCGGUGGUUUAGAACCUAUCUUCAGCGUUGCAACUACCUGAAAGAACGACAACAAAUCAUUGCAGUGCAGAGAACUGUGAAAAUCUGGCUAAAGCGUCGUAAUAAAGCUGCUGUAGUUAUCCAGCAAGCUGUACGAAGGUUUCUUGACAAAAUGUGGAAAAAAAGAUUCUGCAGGAGAAUAACAACAAUUCAGGCAAUGUGGAAAGGAUACUACCUGCGCAAGAAGAUGGCCAAUCCUAGGAUAAUUGCUAUAAGGUGUCGCAUCCAACAGGCUACUGAAAAGAGUUCUGAGGAACAGAAAUUGGGCAACCGAACAGCUAUUGCUCUGAAUUACAUUCUAAAAUACAAGCAUUUUUCCUGGAUCCUUGCAGCUUUACAACAUUUAGAAGUUGCAACGAGACUCUCUUCGCUUUGUUGUGAAAAUUUUGCUAAAAGUGGAGCUACACCAAUCAUUUUUACUUUGAUCCGGAGUUGUAAUCGGAGUGUGCCUUCUAUGGAUAUCAUUAAAUAUGCGAUUCAAGUACUCCUCAAUGUUUCAAAGUAUGAAAAAACGUCUGGAGUGGUGUAUGAAGUGAAAAACUCUAUUACUAUAUUGAUUGACCUGUUGCAAAUGUACAGAGAGAAAGCUGGUGACAAAACUGCAGACAAAUGUGGCAGCAUUUUCACAAAAGUCUGUUGCUUACUUUCCAUUCUGUCUCAGGAUUCACAGAAGGCCUUGGAGGUUCGAAGCAUGCCGAGAGCACAAGAUCGUAUUCAUACUAUAUACAAGUUAACUCUGAGAAAACACAAGAUGGAUACUGAUAGAGAAAUUAAACAGAGGUUGAAUGAUCCUCUCAGUGGUAGUUUCUUUAUUCCAGCUACCCCUGUAAGAACUAAAGUAGUUUCCAGAUUAAAACCUGACUGGGUCUUAAGGAGAGACAACAUGAAAGAAAUUGUGGACCCUCUAAAAGCUAUUCAAUUGGUUAUGGAUACCCUUGGAAUUUCCACUAACUUGUAAAUAAAAUUGAUGCAGGGCACCACUUUUAAUACUAUCUCUUCCCGCCCCCUCCCCCACUUUAAAUUUGGGGCAGGUUUGCUUCAUAGCAAUGGUGACCUAUUGACUUGAGCUAACUGGAAAUUUGGUACGCCUUAAUGCCGACAAUGACAAGCCAGUUCUCACGCAAAAAGAUGUCUGGCCUCCGGAGGACCACUGACAUUGUUUCCUGUGUAAAAAAAGAAGUGAUGUCAGUGGCGCUUUGUGCAUAGUAUGCUUAUGAUGUAACUGAUGGCCCAGAAGUCGGCAAUUUUUCUGUGUUUUGAUAAUGUGGCAGAUAAGGUUGGAGCCAGAUGACUGUUUUAACUGGGGUGCCCCUGUAGUUUUGAGUUCAGGCUGUUUUAUGAAUGAAACACAACUUGUCUUAGUUUUUUUGUAAAAAAAAUACAAUUACUGUAUACAAAAUUCAGAAACUGAGAUGAUACUGCAUAUUGUUUGCGAAUUUUAGUUGCAUUUGUUUUGUUCCACCUUGUUUGGUUCCUGUAUAUGUUGAACAGCAUGGCUAAAGAUGGCUGUUAUUUCUAGUCGCAUCUCUCAUUUUUGUAAAGUGUUCUGUAGAUUUGUUGCUUAUUUUUUUCUUAUUGCAGUUUAAUAACUUCUCCUUGGUUAUUUUGAAACAUUGUAUCCCAAGUUGAAAUUACUUGUAGUGUAUUGGUUAAAGAAGUAAGAGGAACUGGAUUCGAUUCCCUGGCAGAGCGAAACGUUAGGCAAGUGUCUGUUUACCUCGCAGUAAGUAGGAACCCAGUUAGUUUAUUGGCAGAUCUCUUUGCCGGGGUAAUCAUCCCUUCAAAAUAAAUAAAAUUAAUAAUUUG